AUGGAUGCACCGAAAAUAAAGCCUCCUCCCCGGCGUGCCCCUCUUCCUGCAGAAACAGAAGACUUAAGUCCGGACGUCUCUCUUCUCUACGUGGGAGUCUUCCUCAUCUUGGUCGCAUUAGUAAUAUUUGCAGUCCUCAUUGUAAUAUAUACUCGAGCACUGAAGCAGACAAGAGAUAAAGGACUAGAGGAGACGCCGGAACAAUCUAAAGACAGUAAAGUAUGUACAGAGAUGGGAGGAAAAAGGGAACCUAACCGUUACGCCAAUAUGAGUGGUAGACAGUACGCUGAUCUGACAGUCCCCAGCCCCAGGGGUCACGCCUAUACCCCUGUCCAACCUGCCUACGUAGAAAUCAUCAGCUGAUGUUCUCAGUUAUACAAUAAAUGUUAUAAUUCAGGA